AUGUCCCUUGGUACUAGGCUUGCUCUGUACUAUAGACACCAUGUGUUAGCCACAGUGAAGCUUUCCCCGUCUCCUUCAAGUGCCGCAGAAGUGGAUCAUCUUUAUGAAUCAUUUAGUCGUUUGGGAAAUCUCGAAUACUUUAAGAUCCCUAGAAAUCAAACUUUGAAUAGAUUUUCUCCAUAUUUGACCAUGUUAUUCAACCCAGCCAAGGAAUCUAUAGUGUCGCCAUUCUCACUCCCACCUGGUUUUGCACUUGAUACACCUCAAUUCCUCGAUAUUCAACAAUCCCUACUUAAGCAGAAACUUGCCUCGAUAUUGGCAAUCCCAAGGUACUCAUACAUUGAGAAUGAUCAAGAGUAUCAUGACGGUGAGUUACAAGUCCCGUUCAAAUACCACGCGAGCAAGCGGGCUCUUUUCUUUGAGUCAAAAGUCCAUGUGACCCCUUCCACCAUCAAUGAUCCCUUCUGUUAUAUCGAGACAAAGUAUAAAGAUUUAGAUAUCUCUCACUUCCGCAAAGAUAUACGUCAUAACUUUCAAAUUUUCCACAAAUUAGAUCUGAUAUCUCUUUUGGAUGGGGUUGAAGGUGUAAAUAAACUAGGUGGUCGUUUAACAUCUGAACCGGAUUAUAUUCAAAAUGUCAUGGAUGUUUCAGAUCUGACAAUAUAUCAAAUGAAGGAGUAG